UUCUCCUCUUUUUUGGCAAUGUCGAUUCUUCUCGCGCUUAUUUUUCACUCGAUAAAUACUGCAGACAAAAUGUUCAAUCGAUUUUUUUCGACUCCUUUAAUUUAUAUAUUAUUGUAAAUGGAAAUUAGAACGCGCGUAUACAGAGAACUCAUUGCUGUUCAUUGCUACUAGUCACUAGUUUACUAUGUUCAAUUUUGCAGUGCUGUAUUGAGGUUAUGAUUUCUGUCAAAGUGAUCUAUACGUGUUUUGACAUUUUCUCGUUCGGUGAUUGUUCAUGUUUGAAAAUAAUGCACCGAAUUUUAUUUCAUUCAUUAACGCUUGCUGUGCGGUGCUACAUUUAAUUUUCCCAAUUAACAUGUUUACUACUUUUACUUAGUUCGACUUUUGAAAGAAAUGAUUUUUUAUAUUAAAAAACUAUUUGUUUUAAUAAUCAAUUUCGAGUUUAGAAAAUGUUGUGUCAGAAAUAUAUUGUAAUGUAUAUCUCUGAGGAAACUGAAAGAAUCAAAGUAUCAUUGAAAUGCUCAAAGUGAGUUAUCAAUGUUUUCUUCAGCAUAAUUAAGGCUAUCUUUGGCUCUUAAUGACAGAAACACAUGUAGCAAAUCUUUGAUUACUGAAGUGAGCUGCAACAGUGUUGUUUUAUUUUAAGAACUUAUAGAAUUAUAAAAUAAGAUAGCCAGUAAAUUGACACAUUUAUUUUGAAACAGGCUCCUAGUAUGUUAUGACUAAAUUAAUUUUAUCCAAUGCAUGUACACGUGAACUCAACCUAAUUAAUUUAGAACACAUCAACCUGUCUAGAGCAGUAAUGGUUUCACAAUGACAAAUGUCUUAUAACCUCAAAAAAUAGUGCUUCAAAACAAUAUUUCAGAUGCUAAUAUAUUUGCAAUGAGAAAUAACAAAUUUUGGGACUGAAGUCUUAAUAUUAUUCCACCUGGAUACUCCAUAUUCAUAUUAUUCCAUCUGGAAUUCUGCUUCCGUAUAUGACACUAAGACUUGUGUGAGAACGUGUCUUCCUUGAUCUCCCAUCUGGUAAUAUUGUUAACAAAAUGGAUACUUCAAUGCGGGAAAGGAUACUCAGUUUUGCAGAUGUCAUAAUGAGAGUGCCGCCUCUAUUUAUUAUUGAUGAGAUACUCAGGAUUGAUUUGGGUUUACCCAACAACAACAUCUCUUUAGAUAGUCCUGAGAAUGAUUUCAAAACCACCAACAUACCGGGCACAAUUGUUAAUUCCAUUUCCUCAGUUACAACAGAUUCGUUCCUAAUGGAACAGUUUGAGCUGAGUCAGUUUGCUUACAAAGCUUAUUUGAUAAUCGUAUUUAAAUUUUUAUGCUGUUGUCUAGGAUUCAUUGCAGCCUUAUGUACAUUUAUGCUGUGGACUAAACAAUUAAUAAUUGUAUAUCUAUACCUAAUAUCUGUAAGCGUGAUAUUUAUAUCAUAUUGGUCAAACGUUAGUACAAUGAAAGCGAUUAUAGCUUACAUGAAUGUCCAUGAGUCCACAACCAGCAUUCUCGACAAUAUAUUGAACCUGAAUUUAUCACACGUUCUGUACAAUGGCCCGGGCUUUCUGAUUAUUCAGAACUAUAUAUUACAAUGCCUGUUGGCCAGCAUCUUCUGUUACAUACAUCUCGCUCCAAGGCAUCCUGUAGUUCAAAAGCUUCUUAUGCUGAGCUUUAUGGCGCCAUCCAUUUUGGGCAUACAUCCCUUACCGGUACAAUAUUUAUAUCAUGCGCCAGUAUGUGCAACGUUGAUCCCAUUGGCUGUGUGCAAAUUUAUCAUCUGGUACAAUGGUAUCACAAUGAUUAAAACGAUCUACAUGGGAUGUCAGCACGCGCGAAGUUUCAUACUAAAUUACGGCUUUUCCGCCCUCGCGGAGACUGAGUGGAUGCGUCUGAAUGUGCCAUGUGUACUUCGCACAUUUUGGAUGCUGCGAGUGGGAGAGCAAAUCGUACAAAUUCUCGGGAAUCACUACAGCGAGGAGACAUUCAAUUAUUACGUCAUGAUCAGGACGCUGCUCGUGAACGGUUGUGAGACUUUGACGGCUGUUCUCGGCAUGACCAGCAUAAUCUCAUUCAUCUGCCACUAUAUCGGCUGCUUCUUCCAAUGGGUGUUAUUGACGGAGGAUGAGGAUGAGAAGAGCAUAGGCACCGUGUCCGCCAUAUUAUUCUACAUUCUCGCGCUGCAGACAGGACUGACCAGUCUCGACCGGGAGAAGCGUCUAGUACGACUCUGUCGUAAUUUCUGCCUGCUGUUCACGGCGAUCUUGCACUUCGUGCACAACAUAGUGAAUCCGCUGUUGAUGUCGCUUAGUGCUUCUCACAAUCCGGUCCUACACAGACAUUUACGAGCUUUGGCGGUCUGUGCUUUUUUGAUUCUUUUCCCAGUGUCAUUACUCGUAUUCCUUUGGUCUCACUUUACAGUCAGCACAUGGCUGCUGGCUGUAUCGGUUUUCAGCAUCGAAGUGAUAGUUAAAGUAUUGGUAUCUCUGGCUAUAUAUUCAUUGUUUUUGAUCGAUGCGUAUAGAAGCGCGUUCUGGGAACAAUUCGAUGACUGUGUGUAUAUUAUCAGAUCAUUCGGGAAUACUGUCGAAUUCGCUUUUGGCAUCAUACUAUUCUUUAACGGAUUUUGGAUACUAGUGUUCGAAUCGGGCGGAGCUAUCCGGGCGAUUAUGAUGUGUAUACACGCGUAUUUCAACAUUUGGUGUGAGGCGAAGGCUGGAUGGAGUGUAUUUAUGAAGCGACGAACGGCUGUGAACAAGAUUAACUCACUACCAGAGGCGAGCAUCGAACAACUUCGGCGAUUAAACGACGUAUGCGCCAUUUGUUACCAGGAGAUGGAGAACGCCAAGAUUACUCAGUGCAACCAUUAUUUCCACGGCGUAUGCCUGCGAAAAUGGUUGUACGUUCAAGACCGGUGUCCACUUUGCCACGAUAUAUUGUACACCGUUGAGAAUGUGCAAAAUAGGGAGGGCGGCGGUAAUCCCGCGGUUGCAAGGAACCACGAGGAAGACGACAUACUUGCGGAGGCCGAACAAAAUUUUCAGGCGCUGUUCGCUCCAAUAGAUGAACCGAUACAGCGUCCAAAUGAGAACAGGCGAAACGGCUUUAUUAUGAUAUAAUACAAAUGGACAUUAAAUAAACGAACUCACAACUUACAUCACGAAGCGUCUCAGUGUCUAGAAUCUCGCUCGGAUAUUUUGUUCUUUGUAAAUUGCUCCGACUCUGUUGUAAUGAUACCUCGUGACUUGUACGUAGUUUAUUAUAUACGAAGUCAAGCUUUUCGUCCAAUUUCUUGUAAAAUCGUGUAAGCGAGUUGGUGAUACUUGGAAAUUAUACUUAGAGAAGAAAUUAUGCGAUAAUACUGAUAUAUAAAAUGAGGAAACAUUCCGCGAAUAAUUUUAAUUUGUAAUUUUGCUCGAUUGACUCAGUAACACAUAUUUUUUAUUAUCACUAUAUUAUAAUUUUCAUAUGGUGCAUAGUAAUACGAGCUUCCAUGUACAUGAAAAUAAGACUCCAUUAAUGCAGUCUCGAAAAAUUGAGAUAUUUAAUUAAUUAGGCGCAACAAUUCUAAAUAUUCGUGCAUUAUGACUAUGGACUAUUUAAGAAAUAGGCUCCAAAGCAGCAAUCUGUCAUCAUAUGUCGGUUGAUAGUUUUACAUUAACUUAUGUAAUGCAAAAUAUAAAAAAACGACGGAUAAUUAACCUAAACGGAUUGGUACCCAGUUUAGUAAAAAGAUGUUUCACAAAAUGAUAUAAGUAGCGAAAUGGAGGGAGAGAAGCAACAGAAGGAGAACCACCACGUCGUAAGUAUUGAAAUUAACUCUGUGAGUAUAGAAAUAAUAUUUGUGUAAAAUUAUUCUUAGAGCAUAGACACGGACGGUGAUUCUCUAUAAUCUAUAUUAUGACAGAUCGCUGCUUUGGAGCAGCUUUGCCGAUUGCUUGAAUGGUCCAUAGUCAUGAUGCAUGAAUAUUUAGAUUUGUUGGCAAUUUGACUGGACGAUUCGAUAUUUCGAUUUUUCGAAAUUGGACUGCAUUAAUAGAGUCUGGUGUACACAUACGUAUGUAUAUCGUGUGUGCUUCCUCUCUUUCAUUUGUUUUUUUCUUUUUCAUUAAGAUUGCAUUUCAAAACGUUUUUUUUUAAGGAAAAUUUUAUUCAAUACCUAUAGUUCUCAUAUAUUAUAGAGAAUUGAGUGAAAUUUUUUCAAAAAAGGCAUUUUAAAAUAUAAUAAAUAUAACCUAAAUUGAUAUGGUCUCACUUCAAGAUUUUUACUCUAUCUAGAAAUUAUACACGGAAGAGAAGAGAUGCUAAUUUCGAUUUUAUUGCAACAAAUAUGUUAUUAUAAAUUAGACGCACGAAUAUAAUUCGAUAUGUUUAAGUAUAGUGUAAGGAUAAAGAAGACUGGAGCAAAUCGUUUUAUUUCGGAGUGUGAAGAUGCUAUAGUUUCUGUCUGCCAAACUGACUGCAAACAAUUACAGAAAUAACAUCCUAUACAUUUCAUUGUUUUAUUUCGUUUUUAUAAAAUAUAAAAAUUUAGACUUAGAUCAUAUAAGAUUAUUUAUCAGUGUUAAAAUUAAAGUCGAUAACACUAAUGCAGUAUCUCGGACGUAUAUUAGUGACUGUGCUCAAAGUAGAUAAAAAUGCAUCAAGUCGAUAAUCUAUAUCAACUUCCUUUAAGCCUAAUUUAAACAGUCUAUAAUUCGCGACAAAUCUUUCUCGAAAUAGAAUUGUAAUUGUAAUUUUACUAGAUGUCUUAUAAAUUUGACAACAAUUUGAGAAUUUAUAGCUAUAUAUAUAUGUAUAUAUAUCGCGAAUUAUAGGUCGCCUAAAAUGGGCUUUAAUUAUUGCUAUAUUUUGCGCAUAAUUGGUGAUCAUUGGUGUUUUGAACAGAUUGCCAUUUGAAUACAGAAUAAUUAAAAUAUUAUAUAUAUAAAAGUUAUAAAUCAUUUAUUUUUAUUAAAUAUUGUAAAAAUUAUAUAUUUAUAUUUAAAAUUAUUGGAUUUUAUUAAAUAUAGCAGUGCAAAUUCGAUAACUUAUGCACUCUGUAAAGCAAGGUACUAUAUAUGAUAGUACAUCAAGGUACUAUAUAUAAUAAUGUAAUUAAUAAUGUAUAAUAAUUGAAAGAACAUUCUAUAUACACGUGCAUAUCUACUUUUUUCGUUUCUCUGCUUAGUGUGUAAAUUUGUGUAUAGCGGUUAGAGACGCGAAAUCGCAACGAAGCUUUAUAUGUUAAUAAUUUAUAUGUUCUUAUUUUUAAAAAGGAUACUCUUUUCUACACUAAUUAUAUAGUAAUAUCAUAGCCUUAAACAUAAUUUUAUUUCAUGACUUGAGAGAAAAGUUAAAACGAUUGUUGACAAAUUAAUUGCUAUGUCUUUUUCGCACUUUUAAUAAAUCAUUGUCUGUUAUUACUACUUUAAAAAUAGUCAAUUAUAAAUUCAUAUGAUAUAUUUUUAAUGAUAUAUACAAAAAGUAUACAAAGAUUUUGUGAUAAAUAAAAAGGUGACACAUGUACAUACACGUGCGCGUGCGUGCGUGUGUGUUCAAUUUAAUUUACUACUAUAUAUUUUAUUGAUCGCCGUCUUACCCUCAGCUUAAUUAGUUUACCGAGAAGUUAUAUAAAUUUAUAACGGAAAGUUCACAGAGAGUACGUUGAAUAAAGAUUACAUUUUUAAGAA